AUGUUUCGGCAUUUGACCACAUUAUUAAUAGCGACAGCCGUCUUUUUGGCUGGUCCGAUUGAAGCUCGUCGAGCCUCGGGCGGUGGCGGUUUCAACCGUGGCGGAAGCGCUUCACGGGGGUCUUUGGGGGGAAAUCCUGGAGGUUUGUUUUAUUUUCUAGGUGAAAUGAUGUAUUGAAAAUCGUUUCCAAGUAUAUUCAGUUGCACGGCGUUCCCAAACGGGGUGCGGAGAAGUUUGGCGCGAAAAUUGAAAUCUCAAGUACGCCACCAAAAGCGAUUGAACAAAAAAGUUAUUAACGUUGAAUGCUCAUGUAAUUUGUGACGAAGAAUGAUGUCAUUUUAUCCGGAGCGCGCACUUACUUUUUUUUGUAAAAUGGCCGUCCCAAGUAUUGACUUUUUUUAAGUACUGCUUUUCAAUUGUAGAUCUAAGAAAAAAAAAUGGCAGUCCUAGUUUUGCAUCUUUGAAGUGGUAGCUCUGAACUUUUAUCGCUUUUUUUGAUCAUUAGAAAAAGCUGUCUUGUUUUAAAAGAUUCUUCCAAGAUCAUCCGGCCUUGAGUCAGGCAGCUCUAUUUCCAAUUCCUUGUCAAAAGAGAUGCUUUUUAUGGAAAGUAUCCGACUUCAGGUCCACCAGCAGGCGGUGGUGGUUUCCACCCGAGCGGAGGCGGCGGUUUCCAUCCAAACCAAGGUGGCGGCGGCUUCCAUCCCAACCCUGGGGCCGGAGGAUUCCAUCCGAAUCAAGGAGGCGGCUUCAGACCUGGCACCAACGUUAACCAGGGCUUCCAUCCUAAUGUCAAUCCUGGGUUAGCUCAAAACUUGUAUAAUGAUCUGUUGAAGGGGGAAAUUUGAAAAUGGUCUCUUUAAUAAUUAGACGAGCAGUGACGUCUAUUUUUCAGUCGAAAAAAAAGCAAGGGGAAAAAAUAUAUUCACCAAAAGUCUAAAACCGAGUUUAUUGUGUAGCUUCAACUGUAUAUGGUUCUUCAACUUCCAGACUUUAUAAUGAUUUUAUUUUGAGGCCUAUUUUUCACUAUGUUGCAUCAUUUUUUUUUUUUGAAUAUUCAAACUUUAUGGUCACAUGCAUUGAUUUUCCAACGCGCAAAGUCGAUUAUCGUCGUAAAAUCUAAAAAAAACCGCAUUUCGCAAUGUUUUGAUGUUGCUUUGUGAAUUGAAUUCUUUUUUGCGCUUUUAAAAACAACUUUGGAAUCGGUCAAUCAGAGGAAGUGAAAUUCAGUAAUUUGACCUUGAAGGAUUGCUGUGGAAGUUGAAAGUGUCUUCAUCUAUUCGAGAGAGUUUUUAUUGCUACUGCAAGGAAUUAGAAUGAACAGGUUUAUAGUUUCAAGAAAAAUUUCUGAAAUUAGGGACCGGGGUAUGCGAAUUUUAUUAGAAGAAAUCGAAAAAGAACAUUUUCAAGAUUCCGACCCGGAUCUGGUCCAGGCUCGUUUUCUAGUGGUAGCACGUUCAAACAUGCGCUUAUCGGCGGAGCUCUCGGAGCAGCAGGAGGUUUGAUUUAAGAAAGAAAAAAAAAUUAGAAUCGAAGUUUAUUCAAGGAAUCAUCGCUUACGAAGCCGGAAAAGCGAUCAUCAACUCGGCGACGACGCCAUUCCAUCAAGGCGGACGCGACUAUUACUGGGACAACCAUUAUCAACAACGCAAUGGCCAAUUCCAAUGCUCCAUGCCGCUCAGCCAGUUGACUCAGGUAUGGGAUCAGUAAAAACAUGAGAAUGAUAUAUGAGAGAGUGUUAAAGGUUCAUUUUGAAAAGUGUAUAUUAAUUUAUGUAAGAUGAAAUAAUUUACCAUGGAGUUUUUGUGCAUCAUGAAUCAGCUUUUCAUGUCAACCGGAAUUUUUUCCAAUUCAAAAAACUUUGCAGCUCUCAAAAAGAGUGACAAGUUUGUCGGGGCAUUUCUAAUAGCCACUUCAGUAGCUUUAAAACUCUUAAGUGACCCCUAGAACUGCCCAGAAUCGUCCGGUUUGUGUUACAGAGGUCCAAGUUUGGAGCUCUCGAUUGGAAGUCCUAAGUUGGGCUGUCAAUAAUAAGUUCUGUCCCCAAAACUUGCAGCUCUCAAAUUUAAGCUCCCAUGAAAAAAACUGAGAUAUGAGCUUCCAACUGGCGAUUCUAAAUAGGGCUGUAGAUAAUUUAUGAAGUGGCUGUACCAAAUUUUCAAGCUUUCAAGAAGUUUUACACAAAUUGAGCUCUCUACUGGCAGCCCCAAAACUUGCAGCUCUCAAAUUUAAGCUCCCUUGAAAAAAACUGAGAUUUUAGCUUCCAACGGACAGUCCUAAUUAGGGCUGCUUUCAAGAAGUUUUAAAUCUAUUGAGCUCUCUACGGGCAGCCCCAAAACUUGCAGCUCUCAAAUUUCAGCUCCCAUGAAAAAUAAUUGAGAUAUGAGCUUCCAACUGGCAGUCCUAAACUUUCAGCUCUUAUGAAAUUGCAGCCCCCAACCAACUCAGCUUCACAGAUCUUUUUAAAUUAAAUUAUUCUUUUGUGAACUUUUUUUCAAAAAAAUGUUGAUUCGGUCCUGCAGACUGCCUCGACGACGACUUCAACGACGACAACGACGUCGACAGGCGCUCCUGAUGCCAGCACGACGCCGUCGACUGUUCCAUCGACGACCCCCACUCCGGAAGCUGUCUUGAACAAUGUCAGACUUCAAUUUGUUUUUUUUUAUACAAUCGGUGGUAUAAAACUCGUUGUUUUUUGUAGUUUUGCAGCUCGCAGAAUUGUUAGGAUAUCGGUCCAAAGUAUAAUUUUUUUCGGUUCAAAAUACAAUUCUCGUGUGCUGUUGGAAACUACAAAGUCGAAAAUUUCGGGCGAGAACAGUUUCGAAAGAAGAAGAUCGAUUUACUCGAAAAAACUUAUUAAUUUUUCAGCUUCAAUUCGCUGAUGGUACACGGCCGAAGCAGAUCGUCUGGGGAUGCAAAGUGAGUUUUAAAGCAAGAUAAUUUGAGGAUAACGGUAAAAGUUUUCCUUUGAAAUGAAAAGUUAGCGAUGUCCGAUUUUCAUACGUGUUAAGGAAUGGACUGAGUUUGAUUGUCUAAAAAGUCGUUUUCGAAUUGGUUUUUAUUCAAAAAUCAGGCUCAAUUAGCUCAAUAGAUAGAGUAUUUCAUUGUCGUUUUGAUAAAGACAAGAGAAAACGCCGGUUCGCAACUUCAUAUACUGGUUUUGAUUUUUUGUGAAAAGUUCUCCAAUAUGAGCAAUAAUGAGGAAACAUGGGAUAAAAAAAAUUAUUUUGCAAGUUUGGUUGAGUUUGGUUGAUUUUUUGUCGAGAUGUAGAUUUUCGAAAGGUUCUACUGUAUUCCUUUGAGCUACCGUAUCUCUAAAACGGCUUGGGUGAUGAUAUUUCGUUCUGUUUUCAAGAAAUCCUAAAAAUCGUGUUCUACAUCAUGUUUGAUUUAAAGAAAAUUUCACCCUAACGCUCAUUUUUUUUUCUAACUCAGCCUAAACCCAAAUGGCGCAGAACAAGUAUGCGCCUAAUGAAAUGACACUAAGUAUUGAUCUUCAACUAGUAUCUUGGAUGCUGAUGUAGUUUUCACUUAUUCAUCAUCUUUAGGUUGGCCAAGAAGUUUGCUGCGGAACUGACUGCUGUCCGGCGCCGGUUCAGGCCAAUAAGCCUGGAAGUGCCGGUUCCUCUAUGGGCGGUGCCGCUACCACCUUCUUGAUGUGAGAUUUACCGUGAUUGUCAUAUCAAAGACGAUUAAUCAAGAGAUUUCAAAAGAAAGUAGGAAGAUCAGCUCGAAAAAAUUGAUCAGACUAUACACAUCUCAAAAAGUUGGAAAAGGAGAUGUUUCGAAACUUUUCUAGCCUCUAGCUACUCGCGGAAGCUCAAAAGAAAACAGUUUUCGAAAUUUUCACGGAUCGUCAAUUGUAUUUAUGUGUAGAACGUCUGGAUACGAAGAACUGCACAAAAAAUUUUUUCCCGGGUUGAUGUAAUCGUGAAGUUUUUUUUAUAGAAACGACUACAACUAAAUAUAGUCCUCGGGACGUCAUUCAAGAAUUGUUUUACGUCGGUUAUGUUUAAAAAUGUCCACGUCCUUGCGUGUCUUUGUGUGCUCUCUAACAUGUCAUCCGUACACGAUUUUUGUUAAACAUUUUUAAAUUAUAGAAAUAAAAAGAAUGAAAUAAAGGUGGAUCAAUAUUUUUGAUUGGGAAAAAAUUUAUACGGCAAGAUCAUUUAGACAGUUUCUUGCAAUUAGAUGCUUCUACGAGAACAAGAAGCUCAAUACAUGUUAAUAUGAAUUAUUUUUGGAAAUUUGGUUCAGUGUAAAAAAUGAAAAUCUCGAACUUUGAAUUCUCCCUUGGUUUUGAGUUCGAAUUUGAUAUUUUUAUUAAACAAGAGGUUUUUUUUUCUGAUUUUUCAAGACAUCGAAAGGUUGGUUAAGUCUUCCACUUAACAGAAAAAGUCAGUAAAAUUUUACAUUUUAUCGAUUUUCCUGCUAUAUCAGAGCUCAAUUUGAUUUCGUUGUAAUUUUUACUAGGUUAAUCCGAAAAAAAUAGUUUUUUUUUGAGAGUUGUUUUUCACUUUAAAGGAAAUCAAAAUCUUGUGCUCGAGUUUUCGCACGAUGUUAGGAUCAAAGGCAUCUUAAAAUUGGUUUUUGACUAGCUUGGAAGAUUUUUCGGGAUUAAACCAACUCUGGGUCAUCAGAAAUCUCAGAAUCAUCUUCAAAUCAAAAAUAACCCCAACCACGUCUCUUGGAUAAACUUGAGCGCCUUUUUUAAGCCAUGUUAGGAUUACAUUCCACUUUAAAAUGAUUUGUGAGAUUCUUUAUUUUGAUCUCCGUUGGCAAUCUGAAAAAAAAAAGCACCAACCACAUCUUCCAGUAGAUUUAUCUUAUCCGAAACAUAAACUGAAGGAUUAUCGUGUUGUGAACGAGUAAUAUCAAUAACAAGUCUAUUUUGAGGCUAAUUGCGCUUCCGGUGAUGAUGAUGAGGAUGGUUUAACCCACACACUUGGCUGACGUCCGCAUUCUGAUACUUAUCGGCCUCCCCUUCCUCAAAUUCCUUGCCUAAUCGCUUUGACUCAACGAAUUGUACUUUGUACAAGAACAUCGACCAAUCGCUUUUCAAAGUCUUCACUUCGAAAUUUUUUAAUGUUUGGUAAGAGAUUAGAAGGAUAUGAAUUUAUUGGUGGUUUUUCAACUCGGAAUGAAUUCAAGAAUUUCACAUUUUGGUCAUGCUGAGCCUCAAGGGAAUAAAUGGCUGUAUACAUUUUCUAAACUUUUGAAAUGAAUUAGCCUUAAACUUUCAGUCCCAAAAAUUAGCCGCUUUCAUCCAAAUAAUUUUUACAUUUAUAGGUUUCUGUGAUCUUUUUAACUACAAGUUAUGCAUAUAGCAGGAAAAUUUUCAACAUUUUCGAAGAGUUUUUUGCUUUUUUUUUUCCUGAUUUUUUGAAAAUAUUCUAACACUGUCAGAGCCAGCUUGAAAAACUGCAAAAAACCCAUUUUCUUUUCACAAAUGUUGAAAACCCACUGGUGCUUGCAUAUUUUUGACUAGAUGAACGUGCUUAGUUGUGUCGGUGUGUGCUUCUGUUAGAACAAAAAAAUGAGUGAAGUUCAAACAACAUCGUCUAUUUUUAAUAUUUAUUUCAGCUAGUUUUUCGUUGAAAAGAAGGUCCUGAUUUUUUUUUCCAUAUAAUGAUGAUUUGAAUUAAGUCGAAAUAUGAUUGUUGUGCUGUGUGUGUUGCUUUGGGAUUUACCAGAGUAGUUCUGCAAAAAUCGGAGUUUUGAGAGAUUUUCUUAUAGCUUUAUUAGAAAUUUAAACUUGAAAAAAGGAGGUUUUUCUUAAAAUUAUCCUUUUUCUACAACUUUGUGACAAGCUAGCACUGAAAUAAGUUGGCUCAAAUGCUAGUUAAAAAACUCGACUUUUUGAGCUUUUUGAAUUGCUUCACCACUUAAAAAAUGAUUUGUUGUGUGUUGUCCUUGUGUUUGUUUGAAAACUUUCCUUUAUUUUCGGAGAUAUGCGACAUGUUUCUCGAAAGGAAGUACAUGAAACAUAUCUCCAUCAUUUCCCUGAUUUUGGUUUUUUUUUUGUUUUGCAAAACUGAAUUUCGGUCAUUUUCAGCAUUCUGUUGGUUUUGCUGUUGUUGUGCUGCGGUUGCUGCAUUGGAGCCUAUUUCUGCUGCAGAUCUGCUUUUGAUAGCUGUUUCUCAUCGAAUAAUCAGCCCAAGUACGACGAUGGCUAUGAUGGUAAGAUUUAUUAUUUAUUUUCAAACUUUUAGGAGAGAAAACUCAAGUAAAGUAUCAAAAAAGAGGACCCGAUUGAGUACGAAGGUUGUUAAAAGAUUGGAAAGCUUUGAUCAUAGUUAUUUAGUUUUUUUCAGCCCCUCAGUAAUAUAUAAUUUUGGAAGCUUUCCCUUCGUCACAAUUGUACCAUUGGAGGUUCCAUUUUAGACCGACUACGUAAAUCUCGUCUCUUGACACAUGACUUGAGUACGAAUAUCCCUACCAAGAAUGAAUCUUUGAUGUUUGGUAGUUUGGAGUCGAAAAUGUACUUUGAAGCGCCAAAAUAUGAUAAAUCUCUUGAGAAGUGAAGAUUUGGAAGUUGAAUUUUUUUUCUUCGAAUUUAUUUAUAUAGUCUGUGUGCCACGACUUGAAAUUUCACGGAACGACAUUCCGCUGUUCCGCUGCGUGCGUUCGCGAAGCGUUUUUGAUUUUUAUUGCUGUGGGAGUACAUGAAAGUAGAGUACCUUAAUAAAAGAAAAAAAUUAAUUAAAAGCGCGACCAAGGUUCGCAAAGGCGCGCAGCGGCACAGCGGAAUGUCGUUCUGUGAAAUUCCGAGUCGUGGUACACAGGCUAUAAUUGAGAAGCUGAAAUUGUGGUUUUUCCAGUUUUUUUUAAAAUUAAGUGAAGAAUAAAAGGCAAUAAAUGAAAACUAAAAACGACUUUUUCAGGAAGUUAUCAAGACCAGCAGCAGUACCAGAUGCAGAACUACCCGCAGCAGCAGCAACAGUACCCUCACCAAGUACAGUACAACCAGCAACAGUACUCUCAACAGCAUCCUCAAAGCGGAUACCCCGCCUCUGGCAAUUAUUACCCGCCAAACCAAUAUCCUCCUCAGCCAAACUAUUAG